AUGGUUAAGAAAUUACUAAAUGUUUGCAAGCGUGCAAUUAAAAAGUUAAAACUACAUAAGCGUGAUCAAAACGUAACACAAGAGCGAGACACACCGUGGCCAUUCUGGAAGAAGGUACUACCGCGGAGACGAAAACGGAAGAGAAAGGCACGAACAAAUAAUGCAAUUAUCCAAAACAAUGAUGCUAUUGAAAGAGAUAAUAUUCGAAAUAAAAAUCCAGUAUCAUCACCAUCGCUUCCUACGGAAUGUUUGAUUGAAGUAUUUACUUAUAUACAAGAUGAUCUAAGGACUUUGAAUGCAUGUCUUUUGGUCAGUAAGGAAUGGUGUAAUAUUGUAGUUCCUAUAUAUUGGAGCAGACCAUUCCAUUAUAAGGUUUCCGCGGAUAAUAUAAAUACAUAUCUUCAAUGCCUUUCCAAACAUGAACAACAAAAUAUAAAAGCUUGUGGUAUUAAGUUAAAAAAAAAUAAUACGCCACCUACAUUUCAGUAUGCAGAUCUACUACGAGAACUCAAUUGGUCACAUACUGGAAAAUGGAGAAAUUAUCCAAUGUUUACAUGUCAUACUAAGAAUUCAUCAAUUCUCACAGAUCUUCAAGAUCUAUCAAUUCAUCAUAUAGAUAAACGCGACAUAUUCACAGAAUUAUCUUGGUAUUGCAAAAAUUUAAAAACUCUUGAAUUAAUAGAUUAUACAUUCUUGAAUCUUCCAGAAACUCGACACCAAUCAAUUUACACACUAAUCUCUUCUCAGAUCAAUUUACAACGUUGUAAAUUUUUUGGGUAUGGAUCAAGUCCAAUACGACCUAUGGACGCGUUAGUGACACAAUCUAAAACACUUACACAUUUUGAAUUA